UCCAAAUGGGACUGUAUAUGGGAUGUUUGUUCUACUACUAAUACUACUACUACUAUACUCUUAAACAUAUAUAUAUAUAACACCAAAGCAUCCAUCCUUGCUCCUACAAUCAAUCAUCCUGACAUUCCACAUAUACUUUGUUUCAACUACCUAUCUCUCCAUCAAUGGCUGCUUCUUCUUCUUUCAUGAAGCUACUUCUCCUACUACCCAAUAUUCUUCUUCUUUGCUCCUUAGUUUCCUUUGUUUCUUUUGCUCACUCUCAUCCUCUCAAGAUUUGCAACUUUGAUCAAAUCUAUCAACUCGGAGACUCCAUUUCCGACACCGGGAAUUUGAUCCGGGAAUUCCCUAUUGGCUCCUCCACUUCGUUCGCUAGACUACCUUACGGGGAGACCUUCUUCAAGAACGCUACCGGUCGUUGCUCCAAUGGCCUUCUCAUGAUCGAUUACAUAGCAUUGGAUGCGGGUCUACCUUUUCUGCCAGCCUACAAAGACAGAGAUGCAGAUUUCAAGCAUGGAGUCAACUUUGCGGUAGCCGGUUCCACAGCGUUGCCCUCUCACGUUCUGGCUGCUAAACACAUCUUGUCUCCGGUCACCACCAGCUCCCUCACCAUACAGUUGGGCUGGAUGUCCACUCACUUCAACUCUAUCUGCCUUCAUCACAGAGAGUGUGCUGAGAAACUCCAGACUGCUCUUUUCAUGGUGGGAGAAAUCGGAGGGAAUGAUUAUAACUACGCCAUCUUCCAAGGUAAAACGAUGGACGAGUUACAAAGCAUGGUGCCUGAGGUUGUCCAUGCCAUUAUCAAUGCUGUCAGGAGAGUGAUUAGUUUCGGUGCAACAAGAGUGGUGGUGCCUGGAAACUUCCCCAUCGGCUGUCUCCCGAUCUAUAAAACAGCUUUCCACACCAACAAGUCGGCAGCAUACGAUGAAAAUCGAUGCCUGAAGCAGCUGAACGACUUUGCAAUGUACCAUAAUGAACAGCUGCAGCAAGCCAUUGAAAAGCUGCAACAAGAGCACCCAAAUGCCAUCAUAGUCUAUGCUGAUUACUACAACGCUUAUCAGUACCUGCUCCACUUCGCCAAAUCUCAUGGGUUUGAUACAGAAAGGGCUUGCUGUGGGAGUGGAGGCAAAUACAGUUUCAACAUGACAAGAAUGUGUGGAGCUCCAGGUGUCGGUGUCUGUGCGGAUCCGGGUCGGUUCUUGAGCUGGGACGGGGUCCAUUUGACACAAGAAGGAUACAAGAUAAUGGCUGGGUGGCUGGUGCAUGACAUCUUCACCAACCUCCACUGCCAUUUCUGAGCCACUAUUAAUAUCUGUUCUUACAACAUUGUGGUCAGUGUUUAGCUGUCUGUUUAGUAUCAGUAGUCAUGUGGUCUUAGAUAGAUUUUAAUAUAGACGUUAUGUGUAGUAUUUUUCUAUAUUCUGGGUCAUAUUU